AUGUCUCCACAGAAAUGGGAUGAAAAUCACCCUGCCAGGAUUCUCCUCCUCAAGGAAAUGAACGAAGGCAGAAUCCCCUUGGAUUCCAAUGAAAUGGGACCAGCUGAAGUCUACUACAAAUAUCACAGUACAGUGGAAUUUCAAGUGGAGGGCAUGGAGUACAACAGCACAUUCACCAGCCGCCUAAGGCGUUUGAGAGAACAGAUAAGAAGAGAUCAAGGGAAGCCUGAGAAGGCAACAAAGACAAAGACAGCAAGAAAGAAGAAGGACGUCAGCCUGACAUGGAAUGAAAACCAUCCAGCAAGGAUUCUCCUUUACAAGGAAAUCGCAGAAGGCAGGAUCCCUCUUGAUGAAAAGGAGAUGGGACCAGCUGAGGUCUGGUGUACAUAUCAUGACACCCUUGAGUUUCAAAUGGAUGGUGUUGAGUUCAAUGACAACUUUGCUACUCGCCUAAGCAGUUUGAGAGCUAUUGUAAAGAGAGAUCAAGGACGGGCAGCAAAUGAUAGGAAAGCUCUGGAAAAAGCAAUGAAGAAUCACCCAGUACAAGAAUUGAACCACCGUGGUGAGCCCCAGUGGAAUGGAUCCUUGGCACAAGCAUUGUUGCAGCAGGACAUGGCCGAAGGAAAACAUGAGACCAUGCGUCCUUCUGAGCUCUGGGAGGCGAGGCCAGAGUACAAAGAAGCCUUCUCAAGAAAGGAUGACUUCAGAUGGAAGAUUCGGCAAGAGAUCCGCACCAAGAAGUAUCUGUACACUCUUGAAUAUAGAGCUGAAGAAAAACUGCGAAAGAAUUUAAAGAAGGAAGGGAUAGUGUUGCCGGACCAGGAUGAGGACCUAGAUGGUGUCAUGGACUUGGAGGAAAUGGAAGAUACCUAG